CUGUUUAUCAUUAGACCAUUUAUUGCCAUUGUUAUGAAAGCCACGUUAUUGAUUUUCUUAUUUGAUUUUGCAGAGUUGUUUCAUGUCAAAAGGGAUGUGAUCUGACCAUUCCAUUCAAUGCACUAGAAGAACAUGAUUGUAUAGAAGAACUAAAAAAGAAAGUGAAAGAACAAGAGGAGAUCAUCAAGGCUCUUGCAGGUUCUCCUGUAUCAGAUAGUAGGAGAAACUCUCUGGUUGGCACGCCUUACUCCACGCGAGGCCAUUCUGACAUUGACGCUCUCCUUAACACUACAAAUGAGACAGAGCAUACCUUCUCAGAUGGUGACAGCAUCAGAGAUGUAUUUCACACCACGGAUGAGGAAGAGAGUGGGGAAUGUACCCCAGCAUAUGAGCGUACGCCGAGACGGUCACAGCGUAACGAGACCGGCUUCCACAUGAGGCUGCGUAACCGUGACGACCGGUCGGACGCGAGGACGCCUUCGUUCGUCAGCGAUGCUGAGGACGGUGGCGCCCUCAACAUGUCCCGGCACCUGUCGCCGGACACGACGGUCGGUGGUGCGGGCGAGGCGAGGCAGGGCGACUGGUGGGUGUUCAGCUCGACGUCGCGCGAGCCGCGGCGUCUCUCCACGCAGGAUCGCCCGGACGCCGGCUGGCUGUACUACCAGCAUCGAUCACACUCUACACCUCCGCCCAUGGCGACCUCCAACCACGCGGAGACGAUCAGAAGGAGUGAGCAUAGGUCAGACAGCGACUUUGACGACUCGCCCCGAACCGACUCAGCGAGUGGUGGACUCGCCGGCGAAAACCGGGCGCCGCCUGGCACCCACGCCGGUGCUGCUCGCUGCAGGAAUCGGCGGUUAUCGGGCGACGCGUCCGUCGUCGCGGCGACCUCUGCUGCCGUUGCCCGCAGCGACACGGACGAUGUUGCGAUGCGUGACAGCGACGUGGUGACGACAGUGGAGGAUGUGCUGAACACGUCAGGCCACCUCCACCAGCGACUGAUCGCUGUCUAUCAGAACCUGAACAGGUGCAGCAGUAAGUUCAUGCAGCUGCGAACGAUGAUUGGUAGUGGCGUGGGAGGAGCAGACGGCGACGAUGAUGGCACGAUCACAGAGACGCUGCACGUGACAACGGGAGUGGGUGAAGGGAGCGGAGCAGCGGCGGGCAACGAUGGAAAGGGUGGUGGAGAAACGAGUCGAAAUGUGACAUGCACUAGGGAAAAUACGCUGUGUCACGAAGGUGAUACGACACCAGACUGUGACAAUUCAGCUUCGAGUUUGACAACUCUUGAUCGUGGUGGCCCAGCUUUAGGAGAUACAGUAACUAGGGAGUGGUGUCGUCCAGCAUGUUACACUACCAGCCCAAACACUACUUCUGGCAUUCUAGUUCCAGCAAGUCCGAUAUAUGUCUCAAUCGAAAAUUCAGAAAGUCCACUUUAUUCACAAACAAGUCCACUUUAUCAACCAACAAGUCCACAUAAUCAACCAACAAGUCCACGUUAUCAAUCAUCAAGUCCACGUUAUUCACAAACAAGUCCACUUUAUCAACCAACAAGUCCACAUUAUCAACCAUCAAGCCCACGUUAUCAAUCAACAAGUCCACGUUAUGAACCAACAAGUCCAAGUUAUCAACCAUCAAGUCCACAUUAUCAACCAACAAGUCCACGUUAUGAACCAACAAGUCCAAGUUAUAACCCAACAAGUCCACGUUAUUCACAAACAAGUCCACUUUAUCAACCAACAAGUCCACAUUAUCAACCAUCAAGCCCACGUUAUCAACCAACAAGUCCAAGUUAUAACCCAACAAGGUCACGUUAUCAACAAUCAAGUCCACGUUCUGAACCAACAAGUCCAAGUUAUCAACCAACAAGUCCAAGUUAUCAACCAUCAAGUCCACGUUAUCAACCAACAAGUCCACGUUAUGAACCAACAAGUCCAAGUUAUAACCCAACAAGUCCACGUUAUCAACCAACAAGUCCAGGUUAUCAACAAUCAAGUCCACGUUAUGAACCAACAAGUCCAAGUUAUCAACCAACAAGUCCACGUUAUCAACCAACAAGUCCACGUUAUCAACCAACAAGUCCAAGUUAUCAACCAACAAGUCCAAGUUAUCAACCAACAAGUCAACGUUAUCAACCAACAAGUCUACGUUAUCAACCAAUAACUCCACGUUGUGACCAAUCGAUCCUGGAAAGCCCAGUGCAUAGCACCACGGCCGUAGCGAGACCGAGCCAUAGCCGCGCAUACAUAAACAGUCCAUUACAUAGCCAAGCAACGAUAGCAAGCCCAGUAAGUAAACCUAUAUCGUUCGUGAGCCCAAUACAUAUCCCCACAAACAUAGAAAGUUCACUGCGUGAUCAUACGUACAAAAAAAACCCAACUUAUUCCACUAUGCACCUAAGGUAUGGGCCAAUAAACUUACCUAUCACGUGCCCAAAGGGACCAAAGUAUGAGCCCUCUGUGCCGACAGGUGCGUGCCACAGUAGGUUGAAUCGCCAAUGCGAUGCAAGUCCAUCUCAAGGUUACGCUAGUCUAGAUCUUUAUCGAUCAAGUAGAAUGCCUGUUGUGACUGCUCCAAGCUGUGAUACGUCGGCACGGGAUGACGUUCUGAACGAUGCUAAAGGACGCGUGCACGAACACGCGGGACAUUCUAGCCAUCUAGUAGGUAGGCAUGACUCUACUAGAAAAUCUCCUUCCCCUCGUCUAGUCGCCAAAAAUGAGCACGUGGACUCAUCAAAGCCUGAUGCUUUGGAGAGGCUGUGGGAGCGACUCAUAGCAACAGCAACCUUGGCCGAGCAGCAGCAAACGAGUGUGCUUCCUGAUUGCGACGCACUGCACAGCUACAGCGACGCGGGAUCGAGCAAAUCCGUAGCAACGAAGCACAAGUGCAGCUUUCGUGCGCAGUUUGAGGGGGCGCCACCAGUAGAAGGUGAUCCACCAGGAGUCGCCACUUCUACGGCGACGCGCGUGAAUGCGAUACGCUCGACUGCAUCCUCUACCGACGAGGUCGCUUCAUUCGAGGUCGUCGGCUUGCACAGGUCGCCUUUGCGUACCUCUCCGGACACGGCCGAGACUAUACAGCUGUCGUCCAGCAGCAGUGGAGCGAGCUGCCAAUCACGCGCUUCCCGUUCACGCGCUUCCCUGCGAGACGCGUGCGAUGACGAUUCGCUCUGCUGUAGCCGGCGGUCGCGCGACCCCCUCAGCUCUCUCAGUUCGGAUGAAUCCAUCGAGCUCGCGAAUCGCGAGUCGCUCGGGGUGACAAUCGAGCGUCUGUCGCACUGUGACAGAGCACGGCGACACUAUUCCUCGGCUGCGCAUGACCGCGAGCCAAACCUUUCCGAAUCGGACGUUGACUCCUGCGAUGAAACCGCGUCAAAGCAUCCGCGUGUGAGCGCCGCCGGCAGCAGACGUAAGAGAAAGAAGUCUCCAGGUGGUGAGACUGCUAGCAUCGAGUCUUCAUCUCGCGCGUCCUCAUGCGAGACGUCUAGCCCCGACCAUUCUGUAAGCUCUCGUACCUCGUUCACAGACUCUGUUGAUUUAUCCAGUGACUCAUCUGAGCAGAGCCGGUCAGGUGCGGCGAACACCGAGAACCGUACUCACAAACCUGUGCGAUUCGAAUUGAGAGAUGUUUCGAGGUCGGGCUUCAAUUCUGUUGCAUCGGUGUGUUCCCCUCGACGAAACCAAGCAUCUAAUGUAGACAGCCGCGGCACGGCGAACAGUGGCAGGGUUGGCCGUAACUCGGGACACCAGCGGGUGGGUGUUGACGUGAAGUCGUCUGCGAACGCGCCGAGUUUGCAGCUGCGCGACGACAGAGACUGCGACACCUUCUCGACCACAACCAUCAGCAGCGACAGCGACGUACAGUUUGUCGUGCAGGUGAGUAAGGAGGAUAAGAUCUCCACGGUCGACCUCAGCGACGACGACACCAAGGCCCCCGUGCCCGCCAUGACGUCGUCGCCACGCAAGCGCCACCUGGAGCCGUGGAGCACGUGGAAAAAAAAGAAGCGUUGCAUCGACGCCAGCGGGCUCGCUCGCAAACACGCGCCGUCCACGUCGGCCGCGCCGGGCGGGAAGCCGACAACGCUUGCCGCGCCGCGUGCACCUCUCCCCACGCCGAGCAUUGACAGUGCGGACCAGUCGGUCGGCGAUGCUAAGAGAGGCGCCACCUGCAGGUGCAGCGGUGAGUGUCUCUGCAGUACGGACACGGACGGUGUCGAAGCGGCCGUGAGAGGCCUGCUGGGGGUGCAGCGGGAGUGCGGCAUGCGCGUGCUGCCGCGCUGGGUGGAGCAGGUCGGCGCCCCGGCCAGCCGUCAAUACAGCAGCGACUCCUCCUGGAGCCCUGGCCACGACUCCCCCUCCGCAUCCUCAUCUUCCUCAGCCUCCCCAGCCUCCUCGCCCAAUGAUGACGACAGCUUGAGCGCGCUCGAUUAUGAGGUCCUGCUCGACUGUGACUCGCGAGACAGCGACUCGAGACACGGCGACUCGAGAGAGGGCGAUUCGCGAGACGGUGACUCGCGAGAUGGCGAGCAUGAGCCGAGGCUUCCCCCGUCGACGGCCGAUCUGCUGCAGUGCUACCGCUCGGACGAGUCCGACGCCAGCUGGUCGCCGUCCAGCGACGCGGACGACGACUAGUCACCCAGCGACGCGGACGACGACUAGUCGCCCAGCGACUAGCCGCCCAGCGCUACAACGACUAGCCGCCCAGCGACUCGGACGACGACUAGCCGUCCAGCGACUCGGACGACGACUAGUCGCCCAGCGACGCGGACGACGACUAGUCGCCCAGCGACGCGGACGACGACUAGCCGUCCAGCGACGCGGACGACAACUAGUCACCCAGCGACGCGGACGACGACUAGUCACCCAGCGACUCGGACGACGACUAGCCGCCCAGCGACGCGGACGACGACUAGCCGCCCAGCGACGCGGACGACGACUAGCCGCCCAGCGACGCGGACGACGACUAGCCAUUCAGCGACGCGGACGACGACUAGCCGCCCAGCGACGCGGUCGCUGCGGGAUAGACACCAUGGACUAACUAGUGCAUGUCCAGUACUGGUCACAGUGCAUAGUCUAUAAUAAGGGCAAGUAGUGUCUACCAUGCACCGCAGUGGACGUCUGUCCUGCGUUUUUAGUAAUGAAGAUCAUUACCAUCGUACUUGUGUCAUUGUAUGCAGCCAGCAGGGUGAUACUAAAGCCUUCGUCUGCUGUUGGUGCUGUAGGUGGUGAAACUUUGUUUUGUAAGCAUUGGAAGCCAUAGAUGUGCACCGAUAUUGAUGUGAUCGUAUAGAACUUUAGGAAACAAUGUGGCCAUUAUAUAAAGGUCAUGUAUUGAAAUAAGUCAUACGAGAUCACGUUUGGUGAUCUUAAUUAAUGGUGCAUGUGUAGGCUGCAAGUCAGCUCCUGUGUGUUGUGAUUCUUUUGUAAUAUUCUGUUGUUUUGCAUAAAAGUCCACUAACACAGUUAAUGUUUCUAUGUGUUGAUAGAUUGGCUAUGAAGAAACAAAACAACAAAUAAUAUCUUGAUAAUAUCAGGAGUUAAUAAAGACACAUUUUGUCUUUAUUAACUCCUGAUAAUAUAUAUAUAUAUUAAUCUACGUCAAGCUACAUAUGUUUAGUUUGACUACAAUGUUUAUUAUAAUAUGCGUUCUUGUCCUACUCCAAUAAAUUGUCUUUCUGUUAGUCUUUGAAUGACUCAUGACACGAAAU